AUGGCACGCGGUGCCCCGUCCCUCCUGGUCUACCCCACGCCGAGCGCAGCAAGUCCUGCGCGGGUUACGAUUGGACAUGUGCAACUCCGGGACGUCCUUAUUUGUCCACACGAGAAGGGCAUCGUGACGUAUCCUCAGAACAACUUCGCCAUUGUUGAGCAUGACAUUCUCCUGCCCGAUUCGACACCGCGGCAGCUGGCCGAGCUGGACUUCAUCCCGAACUCGAUUGCCGCUCUCAACCUCCCCAAUUCAAAUGACACACUUCUGGCAGCUGGCGGGCAGGACGCGGAACUAUACCUAUCAUUAUUUUCUUCGACGAUUCACGCACGCCGGCCGGACGGCCUAUCGUGCGGUCCAACCCGAGGGUUUGGUCGCAAGCGAUGGGAAUUCAAGGUGCCUAUCGAGCACGGGUCAAUCAAUAACUCUGUGCUGUUGACAUCGCUCAACUUGGCUGGAUCUCAUGAAAGCAGCGUUGAGCCCCGCGUGAUUAUCAGCAACAACGACAGAACGGUUAAGUUUUUCGAUGUAGCUGUGCGCAAUAGUGGCAAGGGUGCCAGUGGCGCAUCUAUGCUUCGUGAUGUGGGGCAGUUGCGGCUAGACGUCCCCGUGAACCAUUCGUCAAUUUCCCCAGAUGGGCGAACUCUUCUUUGUGUGGGCGAUUCGCCCGAUGUCUUUUUGCAUCGUGUUACAGGAGGCUCCCGAAUCACGGUAUCACCCAUCAUGACUCUGUCCCUUGCUCCGUACAUCUCCUUCAAUUCAUCCUAUACCUUCCAACACGCAUCAGGACCAACCGUUCCAGCGUCAUUUUCCACCUCGUUCUCAGGUGAUGGCUCUAAAUUUGCAGUAGCAUCGCAGGAGGGUGUUGUCGCUGUCUGGGAUGUGCGUAGCACGAAGCCCCUUAAGGUUAUCCAGACAGAUAAGACCCGGCCAUCGCGGGCGGGUAGUGGUGCAGCAAGUGGCUGGCUGGAUGGCCCGUGGGACUGGACUAGGGGGACCACAAAUGCCCCUGGCUGGGGCGUCAGGAGCAUCAAGUUUAGCCCAGCCGGUACAGGCAGAGAAGUCAUGACAUUCACUGAACACACAUCAUUGCUGCAUGUUGUUGAUGCUCGCACGUUCGAAACGGAAGAAAUUGUCCGAAUGCCUGAUUUCGAAAUACCUGCGCCGUCACAAGCACCACUCCCUCGACCUCGAUCCAUAUCGCCUCCAUUCCACAAUAGUACCUCGGCCGAGGUGCUGCCUCCGCCCCCGCCCCGGAUAGUCCUUUUCAGUGGAGCACUGGAGGACACAUUCCGCAUUCCUACGGAGAGCAGCAACGGCCGCCGGCGAUUGCGCUCGGGUCGUCGGCCGCAAGGGAGAGAAGACGCUGGCAUAGACGAGGAUGUCGACGGUAUUGUGGUCAUUCCCCCUCUCGGGGAUCCCCGCAUUGAAGAUGACGUGCGCAGGCUGCUGGGCCGGCACGGGCUCCGGACGCGCGCCGCCAUCCUGGACCAGCAACUUCGCGACGACGGUGUGGGCGAGCGGGGCACCCACGAGCAAGGUGACGGCGCAGGGGAGGAGAUGGACGUCGACGAGCUCGAGUCGGACUGCUUCUCCUCGCAUACACCGUCCCGCGCAUCAUCGCCCGUGCCACCGACCAUGCAGCCGUCCAGCACGCGCCUCACGGACCACUUACGCCUCUCCCGUCCUGGGCUGCUCGCGCGGCGCGAGAGCACCGGGCCGUACAGCACCAGACGCAGCGCAGGCGCGCUCGCGCGGAGACACCGGCGGAGCACGCAAGCGGAGGGUGCGGCCGACGUCGACCAAGACCUCGCGGGAACGUGUUUCGAUCCGUCGGGAACUUGCGUGUACGUUGCGUCCAUCAAGGGCAUCGCAGAGUGGUCUGUGCGCGGUGCCGAGCAGCGGUGGUGGACUGAUCCGUCGUGGGCGUGA